UUGGAGAGAGAGGGAGAGGUAGAGAGAGCUCUCGUGUCCGGACGGCUCGGGAGUGGGUAGGCGAGACGCGCUUGGGGGGGCAGGGGAGGGAAGAUGAUGAGCAUGGCGCCUCAGCCUUCGGCUGGAGGCGGAGGUGGUGCCGUCGGCGGGGGCAUGGAGAAGCCGUGGAGCAGCGCCGAUGUGCUGCGUCGCAUCAUGGACCGCGUUUCGUUUCUGCUCCUUAAUGGAGUCUCCCAGCCGGGUGAUUUUAUCCAACUAUGCUUGUGGUUCUCCAAGGCUAUUGAUUCUGCAGUUGCAAAUAAUCAGAGGCCUGCCAAAGUUCAUGAUUUGCCUCAGUUAGUUAAAAAGGUGUAUGAACGUAAAUGUGAUCCCUCUCUUCAGCCAGCUAUUAUGGUUCUUAUGUUCUCCAUCAAGAAUGCUUGUAGAAGUGGGUGGUUCCAGCAGUCAGAUACUGAUGCAUUGCUUUCCCUUUCCGAUGAGAUAUCAAGCCGUUUUACUAGUAAAGGAAAUUACACUACGGAUGUGAAUAAUGUUCUUCCUCUUAUCACACAAGUGAUGUCCAGAUUCUGCCCUCACUUGAGAGUCUGCCAUGUCAUCGUCUCUGUUGAGGCCAAGCCUGGUUACAAUGUUCUGGUGACUGAUUUCUAUAUUCCGAGGACUCUUUGGACCAACUCGCAUGGAAGAAUCUGCCUGUUUGUUUCCCAGGUUGAGAAUUUGGAGACUUCUUCAUGCAUUACAAGUCCACCUCAAGUGAAUUUCUUAAUAAACGGACAAGGAGUGGAGGGAAGAAAUAAAGUAUCAAUGGAACCUGGGCCACAACUUCCAUCAGAUAUCACUGGGUUGCUUAAAGUUGGAAUCAAUCUUCUGCAGGCUAUUGGAAAGUUCACUGGUAGUUAUAUCAUUGCAAUUGCUGUAAUGGCUACUGCUUCCACUCCAGAUGCUACCUUGCUGAAAGAGUACGCUCAACCUGCAGUUUCAAUGCUUUCAUCAGAUGACGAGAUAAUUGAAGGCCCAUCACGAAUAUCUCUUAAUUGUCCCAUUAGCUUUCAGCGCAUUGGAACCCCUGUUAAAGGGCAAAAUUGUAAGCACAUUCAGUGUUUUGACUAUAACAACUUUAUGGAAAUAAACUCAAGAAAGCCAUAUUGGCGCUGUCCUCACUGUAAUCAGCCUACCUGCUGGAGUGACUUGCGUAUUGAUCAAAAUAUGCUGAAGGUGUUGACUGAGGUGGGGCGUGAUGUUUCUGAUGUGUUGUUUUCAAAUGAUGGGUCCUGGAAGCCUUGUGUUGAAAAAGAUGCUCACUCAGAUCUGCUUCCCCCGCAUUCUCCUCAAUUCUCAUCUAAUUCCAGCGGUGUAGUGGAUUUGACAAUAGAAACAGAAAGUGUGGUUGUUAAUGGAACAGGUUUAGAGAAUUUAAAUGAAAAGACAAUUCAAUACGUAUGCACUAAUAGCAAUGGCCUUGAAGCAGUUGAUAGAAAACCUUCUCAAGAGAUACUUGAUAGCUUGGUUCAUACUGAAAUUCAUUCUGGGACAUCAUAUGUUCAUCCUUCUGCAGAAUCAAUCCAGAGUCCUGAUGAACAAAUAAUGCGAGAUAUCUGGUUAAGGGCAACAUCAUCAAAUUAUGCCUCCAAUGGUUCUGCUGUUCCUGCAGCUUCUUUGGCUGCUUCAACAGUCCCCCAGCCUAAUCCAACUUAUUCCAGUGGAAAUCUGGUUUCUAUGCCUGCAGAUGCAGUUGGCAUCAUGCCUACCAGACAACUUGUAGAUACUCCUGGUGUUUAUCAACCAACUCUUUACCCUCUGCAAAGCAUAUCACCUGGUAUACAAGUUGCUGCUGAAGACUCCAGUGUGCACCACCCAUGGAUAAUUGGAAAUGCUAUAACCGAGCCAAGGAGGUCUUUGAUACCUAGAAAUGUCACCAGGUCACCUUUGGCUGUUCAGGCAUUGCCAGCUCAAGGACAACUGCAAACUGCAUUAUCCAGGGCAAGAAGUACCCUGAAUGCAAACUCAACUGUAGCGAAUGGACCAGCUGCACCUUCAACUGGCCCAUUGAUGACAGCAAAUCCAGAUGUUGGGACUAUGGAGAUGGAACAACAUCAAUUGCUCAGGCCGCAAAACAAUCUUUUGGGAGGUUUGGAAGUUUCAUCAAGUCCUGUGCCUGUAUGGUCAAACUCACAGGAACGCCAGCACCAUCCAAACCAACCUCUUCAAUCUGUUGCUGGCCGUCCAACCAUGAGCCAAGCUGGUUUACGGAAUACAUUGGAACAGCAAAGAACUGGUGUUCCCCCAACUCAACUUAGCUCCUUCAAGGACCAACAAAGUGUGCAAUGCCAACCUAACCUCAGGGUUCCUCAAACAAACAGGCAAUCUGAAACUAUUGUUCGGCAAGUUCCCACAUUUCCACCAUUACCUGUUCAUCAAUCCACACAACCAACUAUGGGUCUGGCCACUAGUUCUGGUACAUUGUUGGCAAUGCAUCCUACCACAAAUCAACAGAAUAUCUUGAGGAGAAAUGGCAUGGCAAAUGCCAUACCUGCUUCAUCUCAUGUGACCAGGCCGACACUAUCUUCAGGGUUGUCAAUUCCUAUGAGUAUUGAUAAUUCAAGACUUUCUAUGGAUCAGCAGUGGAGUAGCCCCAUUGCAUCAGUACCUAUGUGUGGAGCUACCAUACCAGAUAUGGCUUCCGAGCAGGACUGGAGGGCAGCUAGGCGGAUGAGAGGAAGCAUAAGCCUAAGCUCUGUCAGUGGCCGUAUCAAUCCUGGCCUUGUAAGCCACUACCCGAUGCAGCAGUAUCAUGGCCUGCAAGGGCAGCCAAGACCCUCCACUGUAUCAUCACAGCUGCCCACUGUAAUUGGAAACCAUCUGAUGGCCCAGAGGUCUGAAAGCCAUGCACGGACUGGAAAUCCAGCGCCCAUGAUGUAAAACACUGUUGUCGCUGGGUUCAGGUCGUGACGGUGGUGCGCGUCCUUUUUGGCAUGAAUUUUGCUCCCCGUCGUCCCAGUCAUCCUUUGAUUAAGGGAAGCCUGGACUUGAUGGUUAACUCAGUAGACUGUGAUUGAUGACAAUUUUGCCAAUGUCUAGGUGAGAUAGAUGGUCCCACGCUGCCACUCUGCUCUGUACAGGCGUAUAUUAUUGUGUCCACAGGAAAGUUGUAAAGAUCGCCUCUCAUCCUUUAGUUGAGAUCUCUUUCUUUAUUUUGAGCUGUAUCUCCAGUGCCAGUCAUAAUUUAUAAACUCUUUCUCUC